UUCCCCGUAUGUCAAAACCGAAAGAGCAGCGAUCCGUGUGUGUGCGGUUUGAUAGCGGUGAGGUUUGCCGUAUGUGGGCACACGUUGAAAAGCGACAAUGGGCCACAAGCGACUAAGACUCCGCCCCCAUUUGAGCUAUAAUGCCGGCCGUCACUCCGUGACUGGACUAAAGUCUGAAAGGAUCCGGACUAUUCUAAGCAGUACGUUCGUAUAAUAGCUUAGCACGCCUUUGAACAUUAAUACACCUAAAUAUCCCGUCCCUCCCGUGUGUGUGUAUGAAAAUCUCGACCGGUGACGAACGGUACGACCGCGUGAGGGCAGUUACAUCAGAUACGUGGAGUGCUUUCUACCAACUCGGUUCGAUUUCUACGCUAGUGGCCGAGCGGGUCAGACGAGAAGUACAAACCGGGUGAAUCGGCGCGUUCUUCCCGGUAGCUAGUUGUGCCGGCUCCGCUGCCUCGGACCUUUCGUGACUCAGGCCCAGCAUAUACAGCUCUGAGUACUGCAAGUUGUAUAUUUCGUUUCCAACCGGAAACUCGCCAGGAAAGUUGACGUUUUUCUUCCCUUAUUUGGCUCUUGCUGGACUGUUACUUGUUUUCUUCGUGUUGUUCUGGAUUGCUUCUGGGUGGAGUUCGCCAACGGUUGUUGUUUCGUUAUAUUCAGAUUUGAAGGCAGUUAUUUUGCCCCGUCAUGAUGCAGCAUUUCAACGGCUACAAUCCCGCCACUUUGGGCGCCAUGGGCGCCAUGUACAGCAUGCACCAACAGGCCCUGCAGAUACAUCCGGGGUAUCGGCCAUCCACGCACGCCCUCUCAUUGGCUGAGAGGCUGGCAGACAUAAUUUUGGAAGCCCGCUAUGGCGCCCACAGGAAGCAACGGCGCAGCCGCACUGCGUUCACCAAUCAGCAACUCGCCGCACUGGAGAAAACAUUUGCUAAGACACAUUACCCGGAUGUAGUCAUGAGAGAGCGGCUGGCCAUGUGCACGAAUCUACCGGAAGCCAGAAUACAGGUGUGGUUCAAGAACAGACGAGCCAAAUUCCGGAAGCAGCAGCGAAACAAGGCCAUGGCGGAGAAGGACACGGACGGCAAAGAAAUCGAUGAGGAUCACGAGGACGAGCGUGAGGUUCGCGAGGGCAGCAAGGGCGCCUCGUCACCUCACACGGACGGCGAUGAGGCCCGUGAGGACGCAGACGAGGAUCGACAUUACGAGGAGGAAGAUGAGGACCAAGACCUGGCUGACGCCGAAGUGGACGGGGACGGGUCCUCCAGCGAGAGGUGCCGGUCCACCGGGCCGAACCUCACCGCAGAACCCCACCGUGAGGUUCCCCGGUCUUCCUCGCCUCAUCACCUCCGGGAUAUGGAGAACUUUGAGAACAACAACACGGAGAAGCUGGGCGGUGCUUCUGAGGUCCACUCAGCACCCUUGGAGGCCAGGCACAAAACCAACCCACAAAUCAUCUCAAGGGGAGACGAUCACGAGGGAGGUUUUGAGGAUUACGAGCGGGAGAGGAGGCAUGAGGUGAUCGAGAAGGAGCCCGGUGAGAAACCCUCCCCCGGUACCUCACCCUUGAUCGCCAUGUCCGAGGAGACACCCAAGUCAGUUCCGUCGCCUCUCAGGCCUUCUGUGUCUAUCACCACAUUGCAAAAUCCCUUGAGCGGUUUUCUGGGCGCUCCGCACACAACCACCACUUUCGCGGACGCCAUGGGCUUCCCACACUUCCGAGGAGCGGGGCAGUUCGGCGCUUUGGACCCGGGCUCGGCGGCGCUGCUGGCCCGGCCAGGAAUGCCGGCGGCCUUUGGACAUUUCCCGGGUCUCUCGACCACGGGCGACCGCCAGCCGUCUGCUGCCGCCGCGGCCCUGUCCGGGUUCUACCCGCCUCACAUGGGCUUCGCUGCCUGGCCACCGGCGCAUCUCCUGCCCCACAUCUCGCCUACGGGUGUACCACCGCUGAUGCCGCACAAUAUGCAAAGCAGCAGUAUUGAGAGUCUGCGCAUUAGGGCCAAGCAGCACGCAGCCGCACUGGGGGUCAACCUUGCCGAUUGAUGGGAGGUCUGGCAACCUGACCCAGGAACCCGACCUAUAAUGCUUGAACUGCAUGCAAAUAGGAAACACGAACACUGACCAACUAUUUUACGUUUGCAAAACAUCUUCUUAGAAAUUAUGAAUAUGGCUUCCGGAUAUUCAAAUUAGCUUAGUGCAGAAAACAAUGGAAAUGUUUUCCUGUUUUGUAAUUAACCAUUGCAUAAUGGCAAAUUAUUAUUUUCUAAUUCUAUAAUUCUCAUAAAAACUCAUAUUCACAUAUAGUUCAUAUUCUGAUAUCUUCACAAAAUAAUUAUUCAGUCAAUCAGCGACUAAAUAAACUUUUCAAAAAGAGCUCCUUAAACGACACAAAAUAUUCAGUGUUUUCAGUUAAAAUCAGUCUUGUGGAAGAUUGAGUGGUGUUGUAUUUAAGACUAGAAACCAAAAA